AUGCAGAACUGGAUGCAUCGAAAUGACCCAACCGCCGCCGCCGCCGCCGCUCCACCACCGGAAUGGAGUCAAUGGCAGUGGAAGCCACGCGAAACGUGGUGCCUUUUAUUCAGCGAGGUGACUCCACUGGCUGCGGAGCGAGAGACUCCCGUCAUGACGUCUUGUUGUGGGUGCCCUGUGCAACUCGCUUUCAAGCUCUUUCGUCUCGGCAGUGGGCAGGACGUGCCGUGCCGUGUAACGUGUCGAGACAUUGAUCUUUGGCAGCGGACUGAACGGAAUCCACGCAAUCUCAACUUUGCGGCGCAGUGA